AUGGAUGUUGGUGUGGACGGGCUUCCCGUGGUUGAGAUGGAUGUUGGUGUGGACGGGCUUCCCGUGGUUGAGGCGCCGGUCAAGUUAUUGCUCAGUUGUGCUGUUAUUGAAUUGACCGCAACUAAACCUAAAAUGGUUGAGAUGGAUGUUGGUGUGGACGGGCUUCCCGUGGUUGAGGCGCCGGUCAAGUUAUUGCUCAGUUGUGCUGUUAUUGAAUUGACCGCAACUAGACCUAAAAAGAUUAAAGACAACAAAAUGAGUGACAAAUUUAGCACAUAA